UGCCCACAAUCCCAGACUCCUGUCCCUAAUCCCAGACUCCUGCCCACAAUCCCAGACUCCUGUCUAUAAUCCCAGACUCCUGCCCACAAUCCCAGACUCCUGCCCACAAUCCCAGACUCCUGUCUAUAAUCCCAGACUCCUGCCCACAAUCCCAGACUCCUGUCCAUAGUCCCAGACUCCUGCCCACACUCCCAGACUCCUGCCAGUAGCCUGCUGUCCCUUGUCAGCGAUCCAGGCUCCCAUUUCCAGGCUCCAGUGCUCUCUCCAGACUCCAGUUUGUCCCUCCUGCGCAGAGAAGCAGCUUUUCAGUAAAACCCAGGGGUUAAAAACUCCUGCCCCUUCCAUGGAUUCCUGGAGCUUGGCUUUCCCAGAAGCUUUUGUUGCUGUUCUCCAGCUGAGCUGAGGCCGGGCCAGAGGGAAUUUGGAGCUCCCAACUGUUUGGGUGUUCGGAGAAACCUGGAAGUGACUUGCUGAAAAUAUUCACGGAGAGGGAAGAGCUCGAUUUGUAGAUCUAUGGGAUUUGGGAAGCGGGAGGUGGAACAAGGAAUUGGGAUAAGAUGGAUUUUAAAACCCCUUCCAACAGAAAGCCAUCCCGUGAUUCAAAAUAAUCGUUAAAAAAACCCCGACAACACAAAGAAAUGCAAAUCAAACUAAACCACUCCCCAAAAAGGGUUGAAUUGCUGCUUUUUGGGGCUUUCUGGCUGAAGUUGUCUGGCUGAAGUGGCUGCAGCCCCUUAAUGCCUGCAGCACCCCAAGGUCCCGACGCUCCUCGGGGGGACGCGACCGGCUGCGGGCGGAGAUUUGCAUUACAGCUGGAAAAUGGACAUGUGGGAAAAUCUGGGAAACAAAACAAAUUUGGUGAAUUAGUGGGUCAUUUCCAUAGGCAGUCACGCUCCGUUAAGCAGGGAAAAACAAAGGGUUUGUUAUGCUCUUAGUUAAAGCCCAGAGUGUCCAACAAAGCCGAGUUUAAUUAAUAAGCAUUCGCAGCCCGGCCCUGAAGUCUGAACUUCCCAGCGUGGAGAGAUGGGGAAUUAAAGGAAGAGUUAGAUAAAUAAAAUCAACUUUUGGGGGAGCUUUGGCUGGAUUGUGCUGCAAAAAGAGCCGGAGCUGCCGCUGCCAGGGGGGUGAGGGGGGAGGCUGAGCCUCACGGCUUUAGGCCCUGCCUUCCCUCCAGGCUUUUCCCUCCAUCCAGGACAAAAGGUGAGCCUUGCCUUGCCCAGGAAGAUGCAGAAAGUCCUGGGGGAUUGUGGAGACCAGCUUUGAACUGUUCUGAAAGUGGCUCAGGGGAGCUGGGAUCCUGGGCUGGCAGGAGGGCUCGGGAAUUCUCCCCAGAUCAUGGCAGUGGAUCCCUGGGGGAGCUGGGAUCCUGGGCUGGCAGGAGGGCUCGGGAAUUCUCCCCGGAUCAUGGCAAUGGAUCCCUGGGGGAGCUGGGAUCCUGGGCUGGCAGGAGGGCUCGGGAAUUCUCCCCAGAUCGUGGCAGUGGAUCCCUGGGGGAGCUGGGAUCCUGGGCUGGCAGGAGGGCUCGGGAAUUCUCCCCAGACCAUGCCAAUGCAUCCCUGUGGCCAUAUGGUCGGAAUUAAGGGCAGCACCAGUUCUCACACCAGACGAGGCAGCCGGGACUGGGGCCGGGCUUUGAUCCCGGGACCACGUGAAAUAAAAAGCUCCGGAGCACGGAGUUAACAGGAACCAGCGGGACUUUAAUUAGAUUAUAUUCCUUUCUAACUGAAAUCAGAGUAUUCCCAUUUAUCCCGCGAACUUUUCCUGUGCAGCUGCGGGCUAAUAUUCCCUAGUCCCAAAAAAGAGGGAUAUUCUGGGAAGGAACUGUGGUGAUUAAAGCGGGGAAAAAGAAAUUGGACAAAAUAUCCCGAUUCAUGUGCGUGUUUGUAUUUCUCUCUGUAUUUGUGGGAAUUAUCCGGGAAAAACGGGUUGGAUUAAAAAUGAAAGGGAAGGGAGGAAAUGGGGAAUAAAAGAUGUAAAACUGGAUUUGGGGAAGGAAAGCAAAGGGAGAAGCAGCAGCGGGCCCGAGGGAAGCUAAACAAUCACGACGGAUUUAUCGCGACGCGGAAACAGGAGGAGGCCAGGACAGGGAAUUUUAGGACCUCUUAGAGCUGGGAAGGGGAAUUUAUUGACAGAUGAUGUAGACACUGCUAAAAAAUAAAUGGAUUUUUCGCCUCAGUGUUCACAAAAGAGGACGGGGAACAGAUGCCAGAAUCGGCUCUAAAUUUCCCAGGAGAGAGGCAAGAAAUAUUGAAGGAAAUAGGGAUUAUUCCAGACUGGGUGAUCACACGGUGGGUGAGAACAUCAGUGGAUGGAUUAAAGCCGAGAGGAGCCAUCCCAGAAUUGUUAAAUAAAGAAAGAAAGGUCUAUGUCAUGUUUACAGGGAAAAACGUCCGAGCAUCCACCUCAGCGCCCUCAGCUUCCGCAGGGAUAACCCCGUGGGCAGCUUUUGUUCCUGAAGGAUUUCACGGCCUUGGCUAGCGACUCACUUCAAAUCUGUUUUCCAGAAACGGGGAAUUCAGUCUCGCGGGUGGCAGGGUGGAUCUGGGGGCUUUACCGUGUCCCUGGAAGUGAGUGUGGAGAGCUUUGUGCAGGGCUCUGACCGGCCCCAGCAGAGCGCGGCUGGGCGAGGUCAGGCCGGCAGCUCCUCGCGCCCCCAUCCCGGGAUUUCGGGAUGCGCCCCGCAGCCCACGGGCGUUAGCGCUGCCUCUCCAGCUUCCCGCUGGGACUGCUGGAUCUGCUCCCCCUGCUUGCCUGGCAGAGGCUCCCCGGGCUGCCUUUGAUAUCGUGCUCCAUGUGGGAUGGUUUGGAUCGGCCGCGCCGGGCUGUCAUCGCCCCGCGGCCCUCAUGUGGCGCACACCUGGAGAGGCCCGGCAAGGACCGGCCUUUGAAACGCCGCCGCCCGCCCUCCUCCCUCCUCCCUCCUCGGGCCGCAUUCUUCCUCCAUCGUGUCAUGGGAUUUGCUGAGGAGACAAAAUGAGGGGAACAAAAAACCAGGGAAUAUCAAAUCCAGCUUUGGUGGAGCUGGGCGAGAGAUGCCCUUGACGUGCGACUCGCCUCGGCCGUGGCUCUGUCUGAAAUCUGCUACUCCUAGAGUUUAAUUCUUGUACAGUUUGGGAAGGAAGGGAUCUUAACGAUCAUCAGCUUCACUCCCACAAGGCUUUUGGUAACACUUUCAAGAUGGAAUUGUGGAAUCCUUGAGAUUGGAAAAGGGUGAUCAUAGCCAUCGACUGUGUGUUCAGGUGCAGAGUGAAAGAAUUCCUGCAGUGGAGAGGAAGAGCAGAAGGGAAAGGGAAGAUGUGCUGGGGGAAGUAUUCCCAGAGAGCUGCUGGUUCAGGGAGAGGCCAGCAGAUCAUUCCAGGUGAAUUGUAAAAUCCUGAAACGGCCUGGAUUGGAUGGGGUUUGAAGGAUCAUCCCCUUCAGUGAGCAGGGACACCUCCCACCGUGCCGGGUGCUGCAGCACUUCCAGGGAUGGCACAUCCCCAGCUGUGGGGUGGACAGCGCACGGGAUGCAGCAGGAGAGCAGCCAGACACGGAUCCGGGUGGGAAUCAGGGGGAUGUGGGACUUGGGGAGCUUUCAACAUGUCCCAAGCACUUCUCCCGUGGAUAGGGAGGGAAAGAGGGCCCCAGGAAGAGUGGGAACCUGCAAACCCCCAAGGAAUGCUGGAAGUGCCUCCCAGCUCCGUGGGCUCGUGCUGAAGGGAGAGGCCGGAUCCGAGGGCUGAUGGGAACCAGCACAUCCCAAGGCUGGAACAGCUCUGGUUGCUCCUUUGGGGCUUUCCUGUUCCUCCCCUUGCCAUCCCCGGAGCUAACGAGGAGAGAUCCGUGUGGAAAGGGUGAAUCAAAGUCAAAGCAAAGUCUUUUGGCACUCGGCGGGGACGAGGGAGGCCGCAUCCGUAAUCCUGCCGCGGUCCUUGUCACCUUAUUAUUAGAGCUGUGUAAAUCUGGCAAGGGUUUGUGUUUGCCAAAUAUACCCUGGCCUACAUCGGGGCUUAUAUUUGGAAUUCGGGCCAGUUUUCACGCCUGUGCAGUCGGGAAUUUUUGCCAGUUCGGAGCAGAACAACAGGAAAGAGGAUAAUGAAGGACAGAGGAGUCAGGAAAGGAGAAAACUCGGGAUGGGAGGAACCAGGCAGAAAAGGCAAAGGAAUAUGGAGCACAUUCCUCCUUUCCUGCGUCCUCCUUCCUGAACGUCUCCUUUUCACGCUUGGGGUCCUUCUCAAAGGAAAUCCCUGCGCUGUCUCCAUGGGGUUUUCCUAAAGGAAGGACUGUGGAGCUGUGACUCCUCAAGGAUCCCUGCAUGUGGUUCCUGUGGGAUCACACGGGAAUAUGGACUGGGAGAUCUCAUUCCUUCUGAGAGAGGAACCGUGGAAUGCUUUGGGUGGCAGGGCCCUUAAGGAUCGUCCCAGUGCCACCCAUGCCCUGGGCAGGGACGCCUCCCAGUGUCCCAGGCUGGCUCUGGGCACCCUGUGCAGGGCUGGACUCCCAGCCUGGCUCCUUUGCAUCUCUCCACGUGUUUUUGUGCCUCUGGGCUUCUCCUUUCGGAGCCCCGUGGAGUUUUCCAACUUGGCAGCAUCCGUGGCCUCCCCUGCCCUGCCUUGGCCGGGCCUCUCCAGCCCUGCGCAGAGCCCUGGGCGCGGCUCGGCUCCGGCAGGGAGAUCGCUGGGACCCUGGGACGGUGACAGGAGCGGCACAUCACCCGGCAGCCUCAUUUAUCCCGUCCCCAACCUUUACAAAGGAGCUGAGCUCCCGGUAAUUACCCGGGAAGGGGGAGGAGAUGGAUGUUUCAGUGCCUUUGAUCUGGAGCUGGGAUCGGCCGGGCUUUGGGAAAUUUCCUUUGAAAGGACCCGGCGCUCACAUCUGCUCCUUGUACCGCCAUUCCUUAGGAGGCGAAAGAAGGGGGAAUUUAUCCACAAAACGUGUGGAAAAUCAAUCCAGGGCAACACCUCCGGCCAGCAGCUGUUGCAGUUCAGGCAGCUUCCAAAGGACCGGCGGAUUCGGGGGGGAAAUUGGGAGCUCUUUCAACUUGGGAAGCUUCAGAGUGGCUGCACGGGGAGCAGCCGCAGCCCUUCCUUCCUUCCUUCCUUCCCUGCCUGCCUGCCUGCCUGCCUGCCAGCGGCUGCCGCGGCGCGGAUCCCGAUCUCCGCGCAUCCCGCGGAGCGCGGCCGCACCGAGCGGGGCGAGCGGGGAGCGCCCCGGGCCCGCCCGGCUCCGGUGCCGCCGACGCCGCCCGCAGAACCCGCGGAGAGCGACUCUUACUGCGGCGAGGAGUUUUCUUGUACCCGAGCCAAUACUUAAUUAAAACCGCUGACAUCAUGGUGUUAUAAUUAAGCGUGGCAUUAAUUAAGCUGGAAUAACGAUUUUUUUUUUUUUUAUUAAGAGCUGCUCCGAUUGUGGAAGCGGCAAAAAAAAAAAAAAAAAAAAUCCCAAAUAAUUGGAGAUGAACCCGGGAGAAAUUGCAUCCCCGUGCUCCCGCGCCCGGAGCGGGCUGGGAACGGGUGGAGCGGCGGCCGCGGAAAGUUUCAGGGGAUCGGGUGCCAGCCGUCGGGAAAUUUGGGGGAUUAUUUCCCUUUUCCCUGUUUUUUUUCCUUUUCCCCCAAAACUGCUGAUCGGCUCCUGGCAUUCUGAUGGCUAAUUAUGCAUCGGAGAGCUUCGACAGCUGCAUUCAUCAUCAUAAAAUGUAAUAAUUAAUGACAUUCCAACAAAGAAAAAUAUGCAAAUGAGAACUCAUUAGCAUUUUCAUAUUCAGCUUUGAUAAUGCUUUUGCUGACAAGGUUGUAAUUAAUGAAAAUUCAUGUCGCAGUCAGGAGAUUGGAUCGGUUUCAUUCCGCUCACAAUUCCCAAAUGCUUGCAUUAUGGAAAAUCGGCGGCUCUGCCAACUUUUUCAGGGAAGAAAAAAACACACACACACACUAAAAGCACCAGAUGCAAA